AUGGAAACUAGCCAGGCCAGGUUUCCGGACUUGCACAUUGUUGAGCCCAAAGGCCAACACACCCAUACGGCCAUUCUCUUACACGGCCGGGGAGGACAUGGGCCUGACUUUGCUAAAGAUCUGUUAACCUCUACAACUUCCCAGGGAUUGGAUCUUGCGUCCCACUUCCCCACAUGGCGAUGGGUGUUUCCAUCCGCCGCGGUUCGAUGGAGCGUGGCUUUUCAAGUAAAUCUACCAGCCUGGUUUGAUGUGUACACAUUGGCCGAUACCAAUAAGCGCCAGGACCUUCAGAUACAAGGGCUGAAAGAAUCAAGCUUGCACGUCUUGGACGUGCUCGAGCACGAAAUUAGUUUACUGGGGGGUCAGUCAGAGAAGGUUAUUUUGGGUGGAUUGAGUCAGGGCAUGUCCGCCGCAUUGUGGACGCUUCUUUGUUCUCCGGGUCGUGUCAAGGGCAGACUCGGUGCAUUUAUCGGAUGCUGCGGCUAUCUGCCGUUUACGCAGCAUAUCGAGACGGCUAUCCAGGAUUAUCGGUCGAAAUAUGCCUCUGAGUCCACCACGCCCAAAUGCGUGACAAUAUCUGCUUUCCUUCAUGGGGUGCUAGGUUGCCCGCCCAUCGAGUCGAAGCCGGAGGAGGUUGAAGCGGUACUUUCUACGCCAGUAUUAUUGCUUCACGGAAUCGACGACGGUAUCGUGAAGAUUUCACUAGGACGACAGGCGUGUCAGCUUCUGAGGGAGAUUGGGAUGGAGGUGCUGAUGAGAGAAUAUUUCGGAGCGCCAAACAUGGGACACUGGAUUCAAGAACCAGAGGGUUUUGAUGAGAUUGUGACAUUUUUGAAGAGUAAAAUCAGCUAA